AUGUGCGUGCCUCUCAAAAGUAACCGUGUUUUUCGUUUCUUGUUUUUUUUUUUUUCUUUCUUUUUGUUUUCUCCUGCGGUUCUUUCUCGGGACGAGCAGGUGGUGUCAGCAUCGGGACAGUUCGAGCUGGAGAUCUUAUCCGUGCAGAAUGUGAACGGCGUGCUGCAGAAUGGGAACUGCUGCGACGGCACUCGAAACCCCGGAGAUAAAAAGUGCACCAGAGACGAGUGUGACACCUACUUUAAAGUUUGCCUGAAGGAGUACCAAUCGCGGGUCACUGCUGGCGGCCCUUGCAGCUUCGGAUCCAAAUCCACCCCUGUCAUCGGAGGGAAUACCUUCAACUUAAAGUACAGCCGGAAUAACGAAAAGAACCGGAUUGUUAUCCCUUUCAGCUUUGCCUGGCCGGUGAGUGCGCUGCUCGCUCUGCACUGCCGGAAGGUGCUGUUGGAGCUCGGUUCGCUACGGCCUUCUCCAGCUUCUGGCGCGGGGACGGAGGCGCUGGGCUGGGGAGGGAGUGGGCGCCUUGGCGGGGGAGCCGGCACUCCGCCGGGCAGAAACGAGCGAAAUGCGGUGAUGUUUUUGUUUGUGUUCCCUGGGGCUCACAAUGCGCAGCCUGUUCAAUUUGAAAGUCAGAUGUGCAGCGAGGGGGAUCUAAACGGGUCAGGGAAGCAAACCCUGUAUCUCUGCACUUUACAGCAUGAAUAAGCCUCUUGAGAAUUAGAAGGUCAGAAGUUCAUUUAUUUUUUAUUUUUUUUUUUCCAAAGCAGUGAAGACUUGGGCUUAAGCCAAAGUAGCGGUGGGUUAGGGGCUGUGGAGGGAUCCCGUGUGAAAAGUGUGUGUCAUAGCUGGCCUCCUUCCCUGGAGCGUGUUUGGGAAGGCUUCCUGCUUCCCCCAGAGGGAAAUCUCACUGUGCUGCUUGGUGCUGAUGGGAGCUGCUGUUGCUGCUCUGGGUUGCCAGCUUCCCUGAGAAGCUUGCUGUGUUUUGAGGUAUGUGCAGACUCUGGAGCCUAAGACAGAAAAACCUGUCCGUAGCUUUGGUCCAUCUCACCCUCUCCUACCCACAGUGCACCUUUUCUGGCACAUUGGCUCUGUGAUCCAUAGAUUCUGGCUUCCCAGUUUGCAAAACUUUGUGGGGCCUUUUGCCAGGCACUUUCCCACUGUUGUCCAUCGCAGUAAACAGCGGUCAGCCCUGUGGGAAACUAUUGGGGGUGACCUCUUCAUUAGCUGAAAAUUGCCUCGUUGGUGGUCACGUGCAGUAUGCUGGCUUGCCCUUCAGAGUUUCUUGUUGCUUCUGGACAGCUCAAGGGGAACGAAGCCUUGAUAUGCUUAGCCCUGCAGAAGAGUCCUGUACUUGUUGCACAGGCUCUAAGGACCAUCCUUCCAAAACAACCAUCGCGUGGGACAGUGUCCCAUUCGUGCAGUAGGGCUUGGGGGUAUGUAAGACUGCUGCUGCCGUGGCCCUCAGUACCACGAGAUGCACUACUUUGUGCCCAGCAGUGUUGCCAACACAAGCAGAAACUGAGGAUGACCAAUGUGGGGGGCUUUUCUGCACACAUGGCAGUCCGCCUUUUGGGGUGGCUCUCUCAGACGCUAUGGUAUAUUAGCUGAAAAUUUAUGUUCCUAAAACUUGUAUUUAAAGAUCACCUAGGAAACGAAACUGUUUUUCCCCCUCCCCUUCUCCAAAGGUGCUGAGCACACACUUUCCCAGUGACUGCCUUGGGAUAUGUUGAUGCUCAGCAGUUUUGAACAUCCAGUCAUCCUAACCUAGAUGCCUACGGUCAUUUUUGCAAGGGGUGGAGGGCCCUUGCAUGCAAGCAGGGGAGGAGUAAAUCUUGUUUCCUAUCCUAUGUCACUGUAUCAUUGCUGGAGAGGUGGAAGCAUUUGUAGAUUUUCAGCACUCUUCAGAGCUUGGCCCUUCCUGUCAGAUAAGGCCUGGUUGCUGUGAGGGCGUGGACUUUUGGGGGGGGGAAAGCCCACCCCAAAAACAUUCCUCCCUCCAGUUGUAGUGCAGACACCCACUUUGUUAGUCCUGUGGCCAAGUGCUGUAGGCAGCUGUGUGUUCUUGAAGCGUCCUGUGCUGCCUCCUACCUGCCUUCUCUGUCAGUUGUGACUUCUGGAGCAGCAAAGGCUGGAGAGGCAGAAGGGUGAAAUCAAGCCUGCAUUUUUAUGGAGAUAAUAUUACAAAGUACAAUAGCGGCGUUAACAGAAGUAUUCUCUGUUGGAAGUACAAGUCCUCUCUUUCUUCCUUUUU